GAACGACAUCUGCGUGAAGGGCAAUUAUGCCUAUCCCGUUUGCCGCUGCAGGCUUAUUCAAUGGCAUAUCCGCUAUUCCCUUUGGCUGGACUGCUGUCAAAGCUGUAAUAUGGAUUGCCGUACUCGUGCUGCUGAAAAGAUACUUCAAUGGCGCCUCGAACACAUCCGAACGGGUGAUGCACUCGAAGGUGGUCAUGAUAACCGGUGGUACAUCAGGUAUCGGAGCUGAAGUAGCUCGAGGCCUAGCCACACGCGGCGCCCAAAUCGUCCUCCUUACCCAGCAACCGCUCUCCGAUCCUUUCCUCGUGGACUUCAUAAUGGACAUGAGGAGCCAAACAAAUAACGAGCUUAUAACCGCGGAAUCCGUCGAUUUGUCUUCACUCCAUAGUAUACGACUUUUCGCUACGAAAUGGGUUGACAAUGCCCCUCCACGUCGGAUAGACACGAUCAUCCUAUGUGCGGAUACUCGAACGCCGCCAGGUGGGAAGGCAUCAAUAACAGAAGACGGACUUGAGUCAAGCUGGGGUUUGAACUACCUUGCCAACUUCCACCUAUUGAGCAUCCUGAGUCCAGCCCUACGCGCACAACCCCCGGACCGAGACGUGCGCAUAGUGUUCGGCACAUGCAGCUCUUACAUGGGCGGAACAUUACCAGAUCUUGGCCUUUCCGAAGAAAGUACGGAGAAAGGCGCAAAUUCGAAGUCCAAAUCAAAGUCGAAGCAGCAGGCUGCAGCGGCUCCAAAACAAACACCUUUCACCCCUUCAUCCGCCUACGCUACCUCCAAACUCGCCGUAAUGACAUUCGCCUCCACUUUCCAGAAGCAUCUUGCCGCCUACGCGCGUCCAGACAAGAAGCCAAUGAACUCCAGAGUAAUCAUGGUUGAUCCGGGCUGGACGCGAACACCGGGAAUGCGAAGAUACCUUACAUUCGGGAGCUUAUGGGGCUUGGCUCUGUACCUCGUUAUGUGGCCGUUCUGGUGGCUAGUAUUGAAAGGUCCAGAGCAUGGGGCACAGACCUUUUUGUAUGCGGCCAUGGACGAGCACUACGGAAGGGGAGAAGGCGGGCGAUUCCUGAAAGAGUGCAGGGAAGUCAAAUUUGUCAAACCUGAAAUUGAGAACGAGGAAGUGCAGAAGAAGCUGUGGGAACUCAGUGAGAACACUAUCCAAGCUUUGGAAAAGGAGGCUGCCUUGAGAAGAGCAAAGGAAAAGAAGGAGAAAGAGUUGAAAACCGACGCGGAGAAGAUGGGCGGAAGCAAAACAGAUGCCUCUGCUGCUACUAGCGGGAGCGAUGGCAAGAAAGCCGGGUCACGGAGAACUAAGAAGGCUGGCUCAUAGUUGCGGUCCCCAAGGAAACGCAAGCAAUAGAGUCAAUUUUCAUUCAAAUGACUAUCAUGCAAUGCAAUAAUACCGCUCCCCGUAACCUAGCGGCACAUCAUGCCUGUCCAUAUAUUUCCAAUACAAAAUAGAGGACGAGCGCUCAUGAUCUAAGCAUAUAAACCUUCAGUUUGCAGUAUCGCCAAAUUUGCAGCAGGAUGCUGCACUAGGUCACAAGUCUGGUAUGACGAGACAUUGGUAAUGUUGACAGGUCAUUUAAAAUCAUACAG